GGAAGGAAGGAGGCCGGUCGCUUGCUCGAGAAGGCCGCCGGGGUGGGCGUCGCGCUGGCUCCGGGGGACCCGCCCGCCAUGCCGGUGCGGAGCGCCUGCUGCUGCCCCCCGCCGCCGCCCCUCCCUCCGCCGGGCGCCGCCUCGUCCGCCGCCCGCCUCGAGCCGCCGCCGCCCAUCAACACGGCGCAGCCUGGAGUCAGCACCAGCCGUCUUUACAGCGGCGCCAAGUUCCGCGGGCAGCAGCGCUCCAAGGGCAACGCCUACGAGGUCGAGGUGGUUGUGCAGCAUGUGGACAUGGAAAACUCCUAUCUCUGUGGCUACUUGAAGAUAAAAGGCCUUACAGAGGAAUAUCCGACCCUCACAACGUUCUUUGAAGGGGAAAUAAUCAGUAAAAAGCACCCCUUUUUAACGCGGAAGUGGGAUGCGGACGAAGAUGUUGACCGUAAACAUUGGGGAAAAUUCCCAGCCUUUUACCAGUAUGCAAAAACAUUUAACUCAGAUGACUUUGACUACGAGGAUCUGAAGAACGACGACUUUGUCUUCAUGAGAUGGAAGGAACAGUUCCUGGUCCCCGAUCACACCAUCAAAGACAUCAGCGGCGCUUCCUUUGCUGGGUUUUAUUACAUAUGCUUCCAGAAAUCUGUGGCAUCUAUAGAGGGCUAUUAUUAUCACAGGAGUUCAGAAUGGUAUCAAUCCCUGAAUUUGACUCAUGUCCCUGAGUACAGUGCGCCCAUUUAUGAAUUCCGGUGAUGGCAAUCACAGAGCAGCACCAAGAGAAGGCCAGAGGGGGGCCAGGGAGGGAGCAUCCUCAGUGAGACAACGGCUGCGUCCCUGUCGGAACCGGAGACUCCGGGCUCUCCCCCUGCCAGAAACCCAGACUGAUGUGGGAAUGUGGAUGUUGACCAGCGGGGCCUGUUGGAGCCCGAUCCUCCCUCCAGCUGCGUGGCAAACUAUAAUAACUUUAACCUGGUUUUAAAGCUCCCUUUUCAAAGCACUUUUCUUGUUGCACAUUUAGUCCUGUUUAUCGCUCAAAGCGUUCCCCUCCCGCCCCUUUUUUGAGGUGAGGAGAUGGCUAUUCCUAGCUGGAUUUCCCUUUGACUAGAGGAAAACACGUUAACUGUCUGCUUAGGAUUUUUUCCUAUCAGGCCCUUGUGAUGGGUUGUGUUAAGAGCUGCCACCCAGCGAGAUUGGUGGCUUUCAUACCUAGAGCUCCCAUGACUUGAGAGGCUUUGUGCGCAGCAGUUGGCCAAAGGAGACAGGAGGCAGUUGGUCAAAGGAGGAGGGCCCAUCAGACCAUCUGUUCCCAUUGGCUAGCAAAGCUGGAUCUCCAGGGAGCGGGUUGCGGAAGCACAAGCCGUUGUCCUCAUUGUGCUGAAAGGGAAUAGCCUAACACAGUCUGUCAAAGCGGGAAUGUGCUUCUACUCAUGCAGAGUUUGAAAGCUUAAAGGAAGAACUUUAAAGACAUAUUUAGGGAGAGGAAAAGAGAGAGAACUCUUUUUUUUAUAGCCUGUUUCUGCUAUAUCAUCCCAACGAUACUACAGCAAAUGCACAGAUUGUUCCUUGUUAUACUUUACUGUUUGGGGGUGGCUGUGACUGUCAGUAUUGGGGGGGGGGGGUGAUCUCUUUGUAACAAUCCAGCAGCAUUGAUGUCUGCUUGCACUGGGCAGGCAUUUAGCAAUGGUAUGAAAAUCGACCAGCCAGCAUGAGGCCCCAAUUCUUCAUGCCACAUUUUUUUAAAAUGUGGUAUUUGCUACAUUCUUAUCAGACAAAGAAUCUUCCCUUUAAAAAAUAAACUGCUUUGCUAGGACUUCCGACUUCAGUAACACAAGGCUUGUGUGCCAAAUUUUGUGUGCGCAUGGGGCGGGGGGGAAGAGUCUAAAAAAUUGUUGUAUUUCAUAUGACAUUCAUCGCGGAGGCUUGUUCUGAAUUUGGGCUGACUUCUGUUUGAUUUUGUUUGUGCGGGGUGGGGGGACGAUGCAACCAAUGUCCUUGUUGAUCAAGCCAAGAAUGUUGCACAAGUUGUGAACCUGCACACCCCUCUCUUGACAAAAGUGUCCUGCUUUUUACAAAAUAUUCACCUUACUAAGAAUUCCAAGGUACUUUAAAGCAGGCCUGGCGAGGUGUUUGCUGGCAUCAGAAUAAACAGCAGUCGAGGUUAUGCUGUGGUAUGGCUACUACGCAUGUGGGCCACACUGUCCUUGCACUAUGGUGUUAUUGUUCAGCAUGGUUUGGCAGUAGAUGCAAUAAUCCUGGCUGGGACAGUAUGUAUGCUGCAGUUAGGAGGGAGCGCAGAAAAAGUGCAGAAGGUGGCAUCGGGUGCAAAUUCAGUUUUUUAAAGCUAGUUUAUAGAUUUCAUGGUCCAAAGAUAUACUUGAAAGGGUGUGGGUGAAAUCUGUUAAAAUGUCAGAAGUCUAAAAGAUUGCUGAAUAAGAGUGUGUGUGGAGGGGGAGACUUUAGUACUCCUUGUAGCUCGUCAGAAUGAAUACAAGAUGAGAAAUGUGCACAAUUUGUACAGGUUGCAAAACGUCUCUGGCCACACAACUUGAUUUGCUUGGGUAGGAUGAGAGGUUCAGUGUGUGAUUGUGUCCCAGCAAGGUGGCUGCCCUCUAAAGUAGCUGAAUCUUUGAAAAGUCAUUUACUUUCCACCUGAAAAAGUCCUUCAUUAAUUACUGUUUUGUUGUUCAAGCUUGCAUGGGGGAGCAGACAAUAUUGUACAUUGCAGGUCUGAAUUGCCAGUUAAUGGGAGUGUGAAGAGCUCAUUAGCAUGUUUAUUUCAAGUAAUGUGUUUGGAAUAACCAUGCAGGGCACCGAUUCUUGAACAUGAAAUACCUUGAAUUCCGCAAGAGAAGAAAGCAGACAUUUUACCUUUCCAUCCUUGUCUGCUGUUGUUUUGAAAAAGUGGGCUUUGGCUGGCAUUGGAGAUGCAGAUUGUGUCUAGGAAGCGAAUCCCAGAUGGAUCUGAUAUGGUUUGCUACUUUCAGAAAAGUUGGUCUGCCGCCCUGUGGCUGUGGUGGCUACUGCGAUGCCGGGUGGGAGUUUUCUCAAAUCCAAAGAGGAGCAUGGGUGCAACCACUUGAGAUCUCCUUUGGUGAAUCAGGUGUUUCUGUGGAUUUCUUAACACUAGAUCCGUUUUCCUGCUUUUCCAUUAUUUCCAGCCUUAUGUGUGGUUUUGGUUUCCAGUAUGUCAGACAGAAUCCUCUAGUGUGGCAUCCCAGAAAGCAAAUGUGCAAACACAACUGCAGGCAUAUUUUCUGCUUUCUCUCCAGACUCAAUCUGCGGGAUAUCUUGGGCCGGGGGGGUCACAUACCCUGUACAGUAGGGCUCAGAUAUACUGAUGAGCUAAGAGUCCUGGUUCACUGUCAACGUGGCAGAGGAUGACUGGCAACCUCACGCUUGCUUAUGAGUAGUCGCUAUGAGUGGGAAUCUUGGAUUUGCUUGGCUUACCUUUAGUGGAGACAACUGGGGGGGGGGGGAAGAGUUCCUUCCUGACUGUAAGAAUGAAAUGCAAGCGUUAUAGGAGGAAGUGAAAUUCUGGUCAUCUAAAUCAGCACCGGGUCCGGGGGUGCUCUUGUUACCUCGCCUCCAAUAUAAAAUACAUGGAAGGAGUUGCAGGGAUGAGGUGCAGAAGCUUCAACAGCUGGAACAGUUUUGAUUUCUCACCCUGACCCACUUUGCUGAGGAUUUGACACUGACCCUACCAACUCCUCUUUGCUUUGCAGCAUACAAAGUCCCCUCUGCAAAUUUGAACCAGGAUCCAAUUAACGGAGCAGCUAGUUCCAAAUGGGGGGAUUGGGAGUGGGAUUUGGAUUGUGUUUCCCGAACAGCAGCGCCUCCUUGAUUUGCAAGCCUAGAGCUAGAAGGGUCCACUGGAGGAGGGAAAGAAGCAUGCUUACGUGCUCCGUGGGCCUGUGGCGCUUCAGAUCCUGCCAGGGCGCAGAUACGCGAGAUUAAUUCCCAUCAGACUGCAAACUCCUUUCAAGCCAAAUGUGCUUUUGAAACACUUUGCAGUGGUGAAGCCCGCCACCCGUGACCCGCUCUUCCAGACUUUUUGGAAAGCAUCUUUGCAGGGUUGUCAAGAGUCACUCUAUUGAAGUUCACCUAGUUCUUCCCUUUGUUUUUAGAAAACUUUCAUAAGCAAAAUUAGUCAAAUCUCAACCAGUUUCUGGUGGAGUGAUAUUUGGGGAGAUCUUGGGGGUCAGACCCAAAUUCUCAUGAUUCCAUCCGGUGCCUCAUGCCUGUUUUUUUUUUUUUUAAAGUAAAUGGGCAUAGCAGAAUAUUUUUUUUAAAAAAAACAAGUGUUCCUUGAGAUUUUUAGAACAAGAACCUUUUCUUCCUUGCCCGGCUUUUUGGUUCUUUUUCUCUUUUUCUUCUCCCUUCCUCCUCUUAUAAAUUUUGCUGGAUAUCAAAAGGAAAGGAUGGUGAAGCGUGGUUGCAUUGUGGUUGCAGUGGACUUAACAAGCCGGGUUCUCUUACAGCCAGUGUUGCGUAUGAUGUGGGAUCUUUGGGCUCGAAUGGAAAAAAGGGUUUUAUAAAGCUAACUUGUAAAUCAGAGUAUUGAAGAGUAUUUAUAGAUGACAUGCAGAAAAGGUUCUGCAGCUUUUCCAGAGUUAUCAAUGUCCAAAUUAAAGAGAAAAUGUAUUGAA